AUGGCCGAUACCCACACCCACACUUCCGACACCCUCGACCUAGGACAAGUCCUCAAGGCGUAUGGAGAGGGAAAGUCCAUCCACAAACAAGUCACGGAGGAACAUAUGCACGAGGCCUGCGAGCGAUACAUUGCCGCGCUCAAUAAACAGGACUCGGAGGCCAUCCUCGACUUGUUCGCAGAGGACGUUCGUUUUAGCGAUCCAGUAGGAGGAAAGCCUUUUGUGGGUAAAUCGCAAUUGGGAGAGUUUAUGGGGAAGAUGCUGGAUGGGUGUAGGAACGCCAAGCUGGUUUCGUCCAUCCGGACUUGUACCGACGGCGUUGCGGCUAUACCUUUCACCUUGGAGUUCUGCCUGGGGGAGGUGCAGACGCAGAUCGAUAUCAUCGACGUGAUGACCUUCGGCCCUGGUGGCAAGGUCGUCUCCGUGGAAGCGCACUGGGGGUUGGACAACGUGCGCAAUAUCAGCGGGGAUCGGGAGGAGUUGGUCAAGGCGUUCUUACCACCAGGGAUGGAUUUGGAAAGGGAAGCGGCCUUCCAAGCGGACAUGCGCAGGGCGAUGCAGAAGUACAUUGAUGGGAUCAACAAGAAAGACCCGGGCGCGCUGUUGGACAUGUAUCAUAGGGAUAUCGUCGGUGUGGACCCCGUGGGUACCGCUCCGUUCCGCGGUCUCGAGCAGAUCUCGUCGUUCUACGAUCAAGGCAUGGCCGAUCGGGUAGACCUGGAAGGUCCCAUAAGGACGUCGUUUGGGAGGACCGCGGCGAUGGCGUCCUCCAUCGUCUUUCCCAUGGACGGACGAAAGGUUCGGAUCCAUACCAUCGAUGUCAUGACGUUUGACGAAGAUGGCAAGAUUGUGGACAUCAAGGCCAUCUGGGGGAAGAAGAACGUGGUUUUUUAG